UGAAUAUUUUACGGUGCUAAACAAGAUGCUCCGAACACCGUUAAAGAACAGCAAAGGUGUAAACAAACCAUUCAAAUCUCCAUUUGAAUCGCCGUUGGUGAACGCUGAUAGUGAUGUUAAGAGGAACUCGUGUACCAAGUCUAUUCCUAACAAAAAAAUUGAAGCCAAAAGAGUUUUACUGUUGGAUGAUUCCAUCAAAGAAUGUAAAAAAAGGAAAUUGAAUGAUAUUAAAUUGGAAAGUCAAUCGAUUGUUCAAAUUCCCGAACAUGAUCUCACUAAAAGAGAUUUACAAAUGUUAAAGAGAAAAAUUUUCGAAAUGCGACAAGAGUUAGAUCGCUUGAAAUCUCGAGAAAGAUGCACGAAAAAGAACAAUCCAAAGGAGUUGAAAAUUUCUAUAAGCACAUGGAAAUCAGCAUGUCAAACAGCUUUGGAAACUCUUUGCUUUGAACUUACAGAAAGAAAUGGUCAAUCUUGCAGUAUCUCAAAUGUCUUAGAAACAUUGAAUAUUCCAGCUUCUAUUGUUGGUUAUUCAGAAAAAGAAGAUUCUUUUACUUGAGAUACAAUUUGUACAUGUUACGAUUACAUAGUUAUAUUUUUAUAAGGUUUUGUAAAAAAAUUGCAAUA